AUGUUGAAAACUUUAAUUUCCCACCAACAUAUUCCUGCUAUUAAAUACUUCAACCCAACCCGCGAUUCCCAGAGCAGGGCCUUUUCCUUUUUCUUCCAGCAAAAAGUUUUUGAAAUCUUUAAACAACUCAUCAUGGCGCCUGCCGAUCUUUACGACAAUGGGGACUACUUGUACGAUGGAAACGACUACGACGAGGGUCAGGAAGAGCAACUGAGCCCUGAGGAUAAGGCUGCCAUGGAGCAAGGCACUGCUGACGUCAAGAAGUCGCUCGGGGCCAAUGCAAACAAAGUCACCAUUCAACAAAUUGAAGAGGCCCUUUGGCAUUAUUAUUACGACGUGGACAAGUCGGUAGCUUAUUUGAACAAGACAUUCAUUGCCCCGCCACCAAAAGUCUCUCAGAAAACACCACCGGACACGGGGAAGAAAACGGGCCCUUCUGCUAAGAAGAAGGCGUCUCCGGCGGCGAAAAAGCCACAGAAGAGUGACGCGACGAUAAAAGAAGCGGAUGUGGAACAGGAUCUUUCCAACCUGAAAGUGGGCGAUGUACCUCUUCCCAAGAGUAAAGGCCUGGACGUUGUAAAAGAAUACAAGAGCAGCAAUAGUAAAAAGAGCAUCAGCUUUGUUGUCGUCGGUCACGUUGACGCCGGCAAGAGCACGCUGAUGGGCCGCCUAUUGCUGGAGCUAAAGUAUGUUCAAGAGCGAACCGUCAACAAUUACCGAAGAAAAGCAGAAAAGUCUGGAAAGCAGUCGUUUGCUCUGGCGUGGGUCUUGGACCAGAGAACAGAAGAAAGAGAGAGAGGGGUUACAAUUGACAUUGCCACCAAUCACUUCGAGACGCCGAACACGAGGUUCACCAUUCUAGACGCUCCUGGUCAUCGAGACUUUGUGCCCAAUAUGAUUGCAGGUGCUAGUCAAGCCGACUUUGCUAUUCUUGUAAUUGACGCAAAUACGGGUGCUUACGAGAAAGGCCUCAAAGGCCAGACAAGGGAGCACGUCUUGUUACUCCGCAGCCUCGGCGUGCAGCGUUUGAUUGUCGCUGUCAACAAGCUCGACAUGGUCGGUUGGUCUAAAGAGCGAUUCGACGAAAUCUCACAGCAAGUCACCGGAUUUCUCGCCGGUCUAGGAUUUCAACACAAGCUGAUAAGCUUUGUUCCGAUUUCGGGUCUCAAUGGGGACAACAUCGCUACCAAAACCACGGAGGCUGCCGCCGCCUGGUAUCAGGGGUCAACUCUUAUCGAGGCUCUGGAGGCCACAGAGCCUUCGUCGUCGCGGGCAAUCUCCAAACCAUUCCGCAUGACAAUUUCCGAAGCUUUCCGGUCUCAACAAGGCACCACGACACUUGCUGGCCGUAUCGAUGCUGGAAAUAUACAAAUCGGCGACCGGGUCCUGGUGCAGCCCAGUGGAGAAUCGGCUUAUAUCAAGUCAAUAAUGACAGAUGCCGAGUCUCAAGAAUGGGCAGUUGCUGGCCAGAGCAUCAGCAUCGCUUUGACUGAUAUAGACCCCAUUCACAUUAGAGUGGGUGAUAUCCUGUGUGGUGUAGCGAGCCCCAUCAGCGUCGGGGACACGUUCACCAUGAAGGCCAUGGCAUUUGAGCAUCUCAUGCCGAUGCCGGUGGAUUUACACCGUGGUCGCUUACAUGCAGCUGGGCAAAUACAAUCAAUACCUGCAACGCUCAACAAGGCUACGGGCGAGAUUGUCAAGAAGAAGCCAAAAGUUGUUCAGCCAGGAGAAGUGGCCCGAAUAACGGUCAAAUUGGCCUCCAAAGUUCCCUUGGAGAAGGGUCAAAGGGUCGUUGUUCGAAGUGGAGGAGAGACGAUCGCUGCUGGCUUGUUGGAGUAA